AUGGAGCUUGUGAGGCUAAGACAGCAGCAACAAACCACAAGAUCGUAUCUUCAGGCAAUGGAGCAGAGGCUGAAAGGUACUGAGAUCAAGCAGCAGCAGAUGAUGGCCUUCUUGGCUAAAGCAAUGAAGAACCCUGUGUUUAUACAGAAACUCAUACAGCACAAGGAGAAGAGGAAGGAGCUUGAGGAUGCCAUGACCAGGAAGAUGAGGAGGCCCAUUGAGCAAGGGCCUAGUUGCAGCACCACUACUGUUAAGGUUGAGAAUCCACCAGAGUUUGCUGGUUAUGCUGGUGGCUUUGGAGCUUCUGAGCUUCAAAUUCUGGGUAUGGAGAUGCAAGGAUAUGGUAGAGGGAGGCGAGGGAGUACUGAGCAUGAGCAAGAGCAAGAGCAAGAGCAAGAGCAAGAGCAAGAGCAAGAGAGGCUUGACAAGGAGCUUGAUGAUGAAGGCUUCUGGGAAAAGCUGUUCAGUGAGAGUUUUGAGGGUGAUUUGGACAUUUCUAAAGAUGAAGAAGAGGAUGUUAAUGUGUUGGCCAAUCGGCUGGGUUACUUGGGUUCAAGUCCUAAGUGA